AUGGUGAAGAGUAAAUCACCUUAUGAGGAUCUAAGAUCACAGAGGAUAGAGGAAAAUAAAAAGAGAAUUAAAGAUUUCAAACUCAAUCACUUAGCAAUCAAUUUCAAGAACUCCUCUCCCAACUCCUCACAGGUGAAACAAUCAAAACCCAGGGUUUUGGUUCAGAAAAAAUUGGAGUUUGUUCAAGUAAGAAGGUCUAAUCGUUUAUCUGAUAAACCAGCUCCAGUAUACGAAGAGGUUUUUGUGUACGAAUACGCAAGGCGAAGAUCUAUCAAUGGAUUCUCUAAACCUAGAGCUAUUCCAUUAGGCGAUUUUCCUAUAACAACUGAAAUUGAUAGAAAAAAUGCAACAACUAAAGCAGUAAAUGUAGAAAAGAUAUUGGGGGUGAUGGGUUCCCUUGCUUUGAAAUACUUGCCGAAACGCGAUGAAACAAUUACUCUUGUCGAUGAAGUUGGGGAAGAGUUCCCAACUAAUUACCUUGCUCUGAAGAAUGGGUUAAGUUGUUAA